GCAUCUGACUUUCUUUCUUUCUCUGUCUAAUCGGUACCUUAUUCCUGUUCGCUCCUUUUUCGAGUGACGGUAUCAUUUUUGUUGCUAUUGACGUGAUUGUGAGUGGAGGGUUUCGAGUCCACGCAAGUGUUAGCGGAUACUCUAUUUGCGACCGCGGAGUCGGUUGUUAGUAUAAUAUGUCAGCCUACCUUGCAGCGCGACAGGCUUUCUCGCCGUCAUGUCCUUCAGGAGGAACCUGGUGGGCCUGUGGGUAUGGAACAUACUUUGUCGGCUGCUGCGCAAGAGACCCAUGCGACAUCACUUGCGCCCAAGGCAACCUUUACCCAGGUGCUUUCGAUCCAAAAGCAUAUGGCACAUUUCCCGAUGCUACAUGCGGGACUGGAAGCAAGUUUUAUACCUGCACUGCCGGACAAACAUUUUGGGGCUGCUGCAAAACGAAUCCAUGUGCCCAAUCUGGCUGUCCCGACGGUGAUCUCGAACCCGCAAUCUUGAACCGUGAUGACUUGCGCAGCGCAUAUCAUGCUACUGGGUCUGCGACAACUUCCAGCACCUCAGGUCCAUCUGCUGAAGCAAAAAAAUCGGAUGACGGCGUACCAGUAGGGGCUAUAGCAGGCGGCGCAGCAGGCGGCGCAUUCGCCAUAGCUGCUAUAAUCGGCAUUAUCGUAUGGUGGUUAUGUCUACGAAGGAAGAAGAAGGCAAAAGCAAAAGCAGCCGAGCACUAUGGCGAAACAAACGGAGACGGAUUACCCGUCAACGGCAUGAGCGAGUUCCACAAUAAGCACUACCGUAAUCAAAGUUCUGAUUCACCUCCUUCCUACACCUCUCCCAACCCCAACCAUCCAAACGGCUUCUACAACCCCUCGACCACCCACACGUACCAGCACAACUACGACCCCUCAGUAGCAGCCCACAACUACACCACACCCCAAGAACUCCCCAUCUCCACCCCCACCACCCCCCAAACCCCGGCCCAAUUCCGCACCCACAAAAGCAUGUACAGCCACGCGCGCGGACCCUCUGAGCUCUCAGGCGACGAACCCCGCAACGAGCUCGACUCAGGCUCCCCCGCGAGCCCCGAGCUCAGCGGCAGCAGCACCGCCGUCGUCAGCCCCGCGAGCAGGAAGUGGAGCUGGGACGAUAACAAAGAAAAGGUCGACUUGGCUACGCAGUACGAGCAUCCGCAUGAAGAGGCCGACAUGAUCGGGGUUGCCGUUGGGGAGCCGCGCGCUGCCGAGGACGCCAGGGUCAUGCCGGUGUGGCGGGAGCACACGCUGGGUGAGGUGAGGAGGGAGAGCGAGGGCGAUGGCGGCGAUGGUCGCGAAGAGGAGCAGCAGAUGGCGAGUAGAGGGCGGGCGACGCCCCAGGGUUUGGGAUUUAUUGAGAUUUUGGAUGAUAUGGCGGAAAGGAGGGGGGAAAUGGAUACGCAGAGGGUGGAGACGCGGAGAUGAAGAUGCUGAGGUGUUUUUUUUUUCUUUUUUCUUUUCUUCCCCUUUACUUUGGUUACGUUCAAUCUCGUUUAACCAGCGUAUGUGUAGGAUAUUUUUGUGUGUGUAUGUGGGAAGCGCGACGGGGAGUUUUUUUUUUGUAAUCUGUAAAUCUUCAGGGACUUUUUGGUCUUGAAAGGAAGCAAGGAGACGAAGAAGAAGAAGAAGAAGAAGAAGAAGAAGAAG